GCCGUGCCCUGAUCCCAUCGCUGUUCCCUGAUCCCAUCGCCGUGCCCUGAUCCCAUCGCCGUGCCCUGAUCCCAUCGCCGUGCCCUGAUCCCAUCGCCGUGCCCCGAUCCCAUCGCCGUGCCCCGAUCCCAUCGCCGUGCCCCGAUCCCAUCGCCGUGCCCCGAUCCCAUCGCCGUUCCCCGAUCCCAUCGCCGUGCCCCGAUCCCAUCGCCGUGCCCCGAUCCCAUCGCCGUGCCCCGAUCCCAUCGCUGUUCCCUGAUCCCAUCGCCGUGCCCUGAUCCCAUCGCCGUGCCCUGAUCCCAUCGCGAUCCCGCCCCGCUGAGCCCGCAUGGCCAAACCGAGCCCUGCCGAGCCCCAGGCGGCGGGGCCGAGCGCCGCGGCCCGCGGAAAGGGCAACAAGAGGAGGAAGAAGAGGAAGGCUCUCGGGGAAGCGGCGGCCGCGCCGAAAGGCUCCGGGAUGGCGGCUGUGGGUCCCCCACGCAACCCUCAGGAGUUCUCCUCCAACUGGAAGGCGCUGCAGGAGGUGCUGAAACAAAAGGCAAAUAGCUCCAACAAGCUCCUCUCUACAGCUCAAACAGACACCAAAAAGAAGCAACCACUCAAAGCAGCCAAAAGCUCACAAGUCCCAGCAGUCAAUGGGAGUGGGAAUGUGGUAAAGGCCAAAUCUACAAAUAAAAUGGACAAUGGUUCUGCUAAAGACAGUCCUCCUUUGGCCAAACCAGAAUCCAAGGGCCUUACAGURAAUAAGAAUUUAAAUGGCAUCAAAAGCAGUGGAAAAGGCUGCAAAGAAAAAAAGAAAAAUGGCAUUGUUGUGAAGGAGAAGGAUGAUCUGAAACAUAAGAGGAGGAAAACUGAGGAACACGUGGAGCAGCAGCCCAAAGAGGCUGACAUCUGGUUUGAUGAYGUUGAUCCAAAAGAUAUUGAAGCAGCAAUAGGACCUGAAGCGGCAAAAAUUGCCAGAAGGAACCUGGGACUUGAAACAAACCCAUCCAAACCGUCUGUGGAGCAGGUGCUGGUUAAAGAAAAGGCUUUUGAUGGGCUGACCCGAGCUGUGGCCAUGGACUGUGAGAUGGUGGGGGUGGGUCCCAAGGGUGAGGACAGCAUCGUGGCUCGAGUGUCCAUCGUCAACCAGUUUGGGAAGUGCAUCUAUGACAAGUAUGUCAAACCUACAGAGAAGGUGACAGACUACAGGACAGCUGUGAGUGGCAUCCGGCCUCAGAAUAUAAACACAGGUGAAGACUUUAAAACGGUUCAGAAGGAGGUUGCUGAGAUCCUGAAGGGAAGGAUUUUAGUUGGACACGCCUUACAGAAUGAUCUAAAGGUCUUACUUCUUGAUCAUCCUCACAAGAAGAUCAGGGACACACAGAGAUACAAACCUUUCAAAGAGAGGGUCAAGAGUUCCAGGCCAUCCCUGAAGCUGCUCUGUGAGAGGCUGCUCAAUGUUCAGGUGCAGACAGCAGAGCACUGCUCGAUYCAGGAUGCACAGGCAGCUAUGAGACUUUACACCUUGGAGAAAAAGAAAUGGGAAGCUGCUGUUAAGAAAAAAGCUAACAACAAAAAUUGUAAAACUUGAAAGAUUCUACCCUAUGUUGUUAUCUGCAGCAUUUGCUGGUUUCAUGUCACAUUCCAGGACAAAUUUAGAGAUAAGUCAGAACUGACAGCAGCUACUUCAUGAAAUCAAUCCUAAGACAGUAACGUGGAAGUACAGGAAUGCUGCUGUCCAAGAAAGCUGCUGGAUGGUCCCUGUGCCUACUGCCUGCUACUGUGUUCAGGGAUUUGUAACCAAUGCCUGCCUUUGGGAAGAAUUUUUUUAAAUUUCUUCAAGGGAAACAGACACUGAAUAAGUUAAAAAAAAUUAUGGUAGAUGGAAGAAGACACUGUCAUUAUUUUGGCAAAACUCCCGGGACUCAAAUCUUUAUUUCAAGUAYGUUGAGGUCUACUACAAGGUUAAUUCUUAUUAUUGCUGUUAGUCACACAGUUGUGGUACCUAAACCAACAAUAAAUACCUGUUUAUAUAUUAUUAAUAAUCCAAUGUUUACCCACUUAUUAUUAAUAGUCCAAUAUUUAUCAUUCUGGUGGUGUGAGAAGAAUCUUUUAAUGGAGCAUCCAGGCUUUUGUAUCCAGCAGUGUCCGGGUCUCAUUCUUAGACAAAGCGUUUUUCCUUCCUCACUUUCAAAAGUGUUGCAUCCACCAGGGUCAGUAUCUCCUGCAGAGAAAUGUGAGAACUGUCAAAYAGAAGAUUACCUUGUUGCUCCACUU